AUUGUCACCAAUGUUGACAUCAACAUGUUUAAGUUUCUCAGUCACCAUGGCAACUUGACAAACUCAAUCUGUUGACGUGGACCGUGUGAUGCUGUUGGAAAAAGCUCCAGAAAAAAAAAGAGUGGACCUUCAGUUGAGAUAGUUUGAUCAAGUACAGGCGGGGUCUGCCAGCUGGAGGCAGAGUCUCAGUCAGUCCUCAGUUGGCAUCACGGCUCGAAACCUCCACACUGCAUCACGCCCUGGGUGGGAAUGGAAGAAAAGGACAAGAAAGAGCAUGGGGAGUAUAUCGGAGAGAUAAAGGGUGGGCUGCGGCCUUCAAUGAAGCUGGUUGUUAUGGGAAUUAUUAACAAGAAACCCAAGAGCAUUGAGGUGAUUCUGUCCAGUAAACCUCAGGAGGAGGACACGGAGGGCGACGUGGGACUUCAGUUAAAGGUCAACUUCACGGAUAAGGCCGUCCAACGCAACGCCCGCCUGGCAGGAAAGUGGGGUCCAGCUGAAAACACCCUGUCCUUCUUUCCUUUUGCACCCGGAGAAUCAUUCAAGAUGGAGAUCGUUUGUGAGCAUCAGCAGUUUCGUAUCUUGGUGGACGGACAGCCUCUCUGUGGAUUCAGCCACCGCUUCUCCCCGCUCGCUUCCCUCACUGCCUUACGAGUCUUUGGAGACGUACAGCUCACCAAGGUGGCUUAACACCAGCAAGGGGAAAAAAAUACUAGGAUAUUAGGAUGUUCUGGGACAGUAUUGAAUACAUACGAUUAGGAUAGAUCUACUUUUUUGAGUGAAUAAAUUAACCCACGAUGGGGAUGAUGUGUCUCCAGUUACAAAUAAAGUUACGCCUGCCUCGUAAUCGCGUGUUAAGACAAAGUGCCUUCACUAGAUUACCUAUUUGGAGACUUGAAGAUAAUGACUGAAUGUUACAGUCAUCAAGGUCUUAAAUAAACUGAAGAAUGUGAUUUGAAGUGAAUUCAAGAAAAUGUGGUCUAAGCUAUAAUAUUUGCCCUUAAUGAACAUUUGUACAAACACGAUGUGUCGCCGCACGUCGGUCUUUGUGCGUUCAGAUCUCAGACGUUUGUCUUUGAUUUCCUUGGAGUUAACCUUUGAAAGCACUUACGUUUACGAGCGCCUGCAUGAAG